AUAGGCUGGUACUGUGGUAUUCUAUGUCUCGAGGUAAAAAUUGCUUUCUUUGUAACUUCUCGUGUGGCUCAAAAGGCCAAUCAUUGAUAUACAACUGCGGUUAAUUGUUGGGCAUCUGUAAUCACCAGGCGCUGUAGUAUUUUCUACUUCUGGUGUACGCCUACCGCAAGCCAGGACAUUUCCUUCAGGCUUGCUCUCUACCUGGUUCUAUCCAGAGUACGAUGGAGAAAGAUGAGAUUGUGUCUUUUGAAUACUGCAACAGUAGAUAUUUCAUGCAAUGUUUUUUUUUUUACACUUUUUCAGUUAAUUUAUGUACGAAAGUUCGAAGAGUGUUUCAGUACCAGCUUCUUAGAUACUUGGGUGCUAUUGUUUUCUGCUAGACUAUAUAUUUAAACAAAUAUUUUGGAUUAUUCAGUGAGAAAAAAUUCUUUGAUGUUAAUAAAAGUGAAAAGAGAACAAAAAAAGGUCACUAUGAACUUUUAAUUAUUUCAAUUAACACAUGUUAGAUUGUAUUAUCGAAAGAUAUCUUUUGUUAGACUGUGCUUCCUCUGUGGAUACAUUGUUUGAUAUUUUUAUGCUAUUGAAGAAUGUUAUUCAAUUUGGAUUUAUAGACCAAGCUCUUGGUGUGUCUGUUUAUUUAAAAGCUCAUGACGGCGGUGGGAAUACAAUGAAAGAUUUUCAAGCAGCGACAAAAAAACGUUUCAAUCAUCUGAGGUUUUGAACAAAUUAUUUCAACGUGACGCUUUUAUGUUGUGCGUUAAACCAAUCCGGAUUUUGUACAACAUUUAGCAGGACAGGAUUUAAGAUUUGUUACAAAAAUAUCAAGCCCAGAACCUUAUUGUAAAGUUACGUACAGGAUGGGAUUCUAUUUCAAUUGACAGUAACCUCAGCACACAUGAAAAGAAUGCUCUAUACAGUUAAGAGAUUGGUCAGUCUUCUCCUGCUCUUCUUGAGGUUCAGACCUAGCUAUCAAACUCAGAGCAUUGAAGAUUGCCCACCCUCGUGGUUUCAGUCUUCCGGCCUCUGCUACAAUUUUGUUUUCCAACCUGAGAAGACGUACCAAGAGGCUCUGCUGCACUGCCAGCAGGACAUGGCUCAACUGGUCAGUAUCAAGACCGCUGGUCAACAUGAAUUUAUUCAGACCUGGUUGAAGACUCACGAUGCAGCCGGACGAGAUUGGUUCACAAGUGGAAUCAAAGAAAGAUCUGGUCAUUUCGUCUGGAACUCGGAUGGGAGCAAUGUCACGGACACGUAUUUCGGUGACCAUGAGCUUGUUGAUAAAAUAAAAAUUGAUAUUUGGACACGACUCGAAAACAAUGUUGUCGUCUAUAAGUAUUUUGCGACUGUUGACCAAUAUAUGUGGGGCUGGAACAGAGUCAUGAAGCCAGGGGCGUUUAUCUGUCAGAUUGAACAGGCGGAAACAUGGAGAUUCUACCAACAGCAGAGAGAUUUCUCCUACGGUUCCACCUCAUCGAAUCCGACAGCCUGGGAAUUUGCUCCUAACAUAACUUAUAUAUCCCAGGACACUAUUUUCUUUGAAACUAGAGGCCAGACAACAGAUGUCACAUUAGAGUGUCUGGCUACGGGAAACCCCAUUCCGCAAUAUAGAUGGUUCCGGAAAUCUUUAAGUAGGGGUGUCCAAGAUUGGAUGGAUCCACAAAUAAACCCGAAGAUCACUUUAUCUUAUGGCAAACUGAUCAUACGAAACCCUGAUCCAGUUACAGACUCCAGCACCUACACUUGUGUAGCAUCGAACAAACUUGGCACUGUCUGGUCGAAUCCUGUGGACGUAGGUUUUGGCUAUAUUGGUCAAUUCUCCAAUGUAAAAACGAACUUCAUUGAUGCAGUUCUCUACAUGGGUAUAGAGAUAGGAUGUGAUACACCCGUCCACAAUACAGAUCUCCAUUAUGCGUGGUACAAGUCAGACAUGAAUUUUAUCAGACCAGAACUGAAUUCCCAGUACUUCCUAUCCAAAAAUGGCAAGUUCUAUAUUUCAGAGGUUCAGUCAUCAGACCAGGGGGAGUACUUUUGCGUGGUCAUGAUGGUGCCCCGUAGCGGUCAAGUUCUAACUGAAACACAGGCGCCCUCAAGGACAUCGUUAGGAAUUGAUCUCAGAGUCCUUGGUGGAACGGCCCACACUUACGGCCCUGAGAUAAUGGACAAGUUUCCCCAGUUCUUCCCUGAAGUCCCGAUGGUUGGGGAUUACGUUGAAUUGGAGUGUUUUGCUUACGGAAGAAUGCCACUGUACUACUCUUGGCUUAGAGAGGACGGUCCACUCCACCCUCAAGCAUUCUACAGAGACUACAAACGUGUUUUGGUCAUCCCCAAGGCCAGACUUCAAGACACAGGCUCCUAUACUUGCAUUGUAAAGGGAGACAAGAAUUCGUCCAACAAGACUCUGCAUCUAAGUUUAAAGUCUCGGCCUUACUUCCCUUACCCUAUGCGAAACCAACAUUUGGAUGCUGGGAUGUCUUUCACUUGGACUUGUGGAGCAAUAGGCUAUCCCUUGCCCACAUACACCUGGUACAAGAAUGGAGUCAGGCUCACCUCAAACUCAGGAGACGGCAUUAAGGUUCAUCGAAACACACUAACCAUCAGCAACGUCACUCUCGGGCGCCAUGAGGGCGUCUACCAAUGUGAAGCAGUGAACGCCUACGGCAAAGCGCGGUCUGGGGGCCAGUUGAGAAUUUUGUACUUCGCACCAACCUUUGCAACCAGCGCAAUUGAAACGUCCAAAUCUGCUGCCGAAGGCGGAAAUGUUACCAUCGCUUGCAGCCCCCACGCUGCCCCCCGAGCAACAAUCAAGUGGCUGAGGAAUGGAGCCGAGGUUGGGCACUUUCUUCCCAACGGCGCUUUGGAGUUGAGUUCCCUGAAGAAAUCUGAUGAGGGCGUCUACACCUGUGUGGCCAGUAAUGAGUUGGGAGAAGCCAGUUCUACCUGUAGGCUCUUCGUGGAAGAGAAUGCAGUUUUUGUUGAGCAGCCGAUUGACGUCACUGUAGAGGAAAACGAGACCACGGUCAUUCCUUGCAAAGUGUCAUUUGUGCCAGGCAAGAUGGACAUUGUCUACUCAUGGCGGUUUUAUUCUCACGUGAUUGACUUUACAUCCAUCAGUGAGGACAGAGUCCAUUAUACGAUGCCUUACGCAAACACCCUGGACAACGGAGCCUUGUAUAUAGUGUCUGCCCAGAUCAAACACACGGGACUCUACACUUGUGUAGUCACUACAGUAACUGGCUCUAUCAGUGCCAGUGGCUAUUUGAUAGUCAAGGGACCUCCGGGGGAGCCUGGUGGGGUGCACGCCAAGCAGAACAAUGAUUCCUCAAUCUUUCACACCAACGUGGACAUCUGGUGGCAGGAUGGAGAGGACCACGGCUACCCUGUCACCCGAUAUAAAAUAGAGUACCUCUCUAUCUUUGAGGAGGAAUGGCAGGUGUUGAGAGACGAUAUCCCAGUUCAUCUGACAACAAUAGAAUCACAUCCAACGUGGCACGGCUUUAAAGUGGUUGACGGACUGUCUCCUGGCAAUGCCUACAUGUUUCGUGUCAGCGCUGGGAAUGAUCAGGUGGGCUACGGUCACCCAAAUCAAGGUCCAACGCAAUGGUACACAGUGGCCUCGGGGCCGCCUCUGUACCCCCCUGACAACAUAGGCGGAGGCGGAGGCAUGGUUGGUCAACUACAAAUCACAUGGGAUCAUCUUCCUAGAAGCAAAUGGGGUGCCCCCAAUCUAAGAUAUAUUGUUUACUACAAGCGACAUGACGAGAAUAACAGGAUCCAAAAGUGGGAAUCGUCAGGAGAGGUAACCACAAAUUUCUUUUACACUUCUGUGGGGCCUGUGUAUUACUACCUCUUGUAUGAUGUCAAAGUUCAAGCCAUCAACGACAAAGGUGAAGGUCCCAAUUCCACCAUCCACCAAGUGUACUCUGCAGAAGAAAUGCCUAUGAGGAUACCAGGAUUCGUGAGCGCAAAGCCAAUCAACGCCACUGCUUCUAUUAUCACCUGGUCUAAGAUCCCUAACACCAGAGAGGACCUCAAAGGAUCUACACUGGCCUAUGUCGUCAACUACUGGUUAGAGGGUAACCUUCGCUGUUUUGGUAAGUACGAGGACACGGCCCUGUUCAACACUUACUACGGGGACGUAGACGAGGGGCUUAUUGUAGGUCUCGAGUACGGAGGGGACUACUGCCUCAACAUCCAGUUCCAGAACCACGCAGGGCUUGGGCCUAAGACAGACAACUACGGCAUGCCCAUGCCUCUGGCACCGCCGCAGAGAUAUCCAGAAUAUAUCACGGUCAUGUCCCAUGGGACUGAGAGUGUAAGACUACAUUGGAAGGCAGUGUAUGCAGCCAUCCGAGAGGAAUCCCUCAAAGGAUACAAGGCCUGGUGGUGGAAUGUACAAGAAAAUAUUCUGUCCGCCAAUAUCACAACUUUUGGUCUGAUCACUACUGGAGUAAUACAUGGCAUAGAGAAAGACAAGAUUUACAAACUCCGAAUGGUGGCGUGGAGCAACGGCGGGGACGGACAGAAGAGUCCAGACGUUUUUUUCACUUUAGGUGGACAGGUCAUGUACGAUCCUUCUCAGGCAGAUAUUUUAAACACAGCCCCUUCAAAAUCAGAAAUUUCAUUGGCCAUAUUGGUGUCAUUCAUGCUAUAUGUCGUUGCUGUAGUUACACGCCUCAAUUACUAAAGAGCGUUUUGUGUUUAUGGCGAACUAAAAAGCUUUGCGUUUUUUGAAUUGUAAACUCUACCAUUGAAGAGAGAAGGAAAGUUGAAACAAGUCUAUAAAUAAGACUUAACAAAAGAACAUAAGUAGAUGAUGUGGGACACCUAAGAGUGUUACAAUAAAAUAAAAAAAAAAAGACUUAUGAUUAUUGCAUUCUUGUUGUAGGAAUCAAGAAUUUAGAUUUCAUGUAUCGAAAAGUUUCAGCUUGCUUGGUGUCCACACGACCGUGUAAAAAUCAAAAUCAGAAGGAGAGUCCUACAAAGUGUAUUUUGUUAUUAUAAUAAUUAUAUUGACUAGUGAUAAGCUUUCUUUUACAAUGUUUAGACUUCAGACUUUCAGAAGUUCAUUAUGAAAUGAAGAUUUUUUGUGCCCUAGUCAAAACUUUCAAGACGGUAGGGGAUUGCAGUGGAAAGAGUACAAACUUCAAGACUACAGUCCAAAGUGCACAUUACACGUUCAUGUAAAUGGAUCACAAACUCUCGCGCGAAGUGUCAGUACAUAGAUUUAACAUCUCUCUGUUUUCACGAAGCUGUCAGCAUGCGUUUGUAUUUUAUGUCAUUCAAGUUUAAUGGAAAUAAUUGUUAUUACUAGCAUGAUAUAAUCUUUACUUUAUGGUGUGCAUGGCAUAACUGUGAUGUUGUCAUGAAAUGUAUCACUUCACUGUGUAGUUGUUGUUAUGGUUUGUAUCACUUGACCAGGAAGUUUUCUUUUGUUAUGGAAUUUAUCACUUCACUGUCAAGUUGUUGUUAUGGUAUGUAUCACUUCACUGUCAAGUUGUUGUUAUGGUAUGUAUCACUUCACUGUCAAGUUGUUGUUAUGGUAUGUAUCACUUCACUGUCAAGUUGUUGUUAUGGUAUGUAUCACUUCACUGUCAAGUUGUUGUUAUGGUGUGUAUCACUUCACUGUCAAGUUGUUGUUAUGGUAUGUAUCACUUCACUGUCAAGUUGUUGUUAUGGUAUGUAUCACUUCACUGUCAAGUUGUUGUUAUGGUAUGUAUCACUUCACUGUGAAGUUGUUAUUAUGGUAUGUAACGCUUGAGUGUAAAGAUGUUUUUUUUAUAUCCAUUUGAUUAUCUCAAUGCUUCCAUAGUUUACGUUGCUUCGUAUGUCUUAGUGAAAGUGUUAAGGACUUGAAGCUCUCCAUGAAAGUGUUUAUUUAUUGCCUGUAAGAUUUUUUUCUUAUAAAUAAGUAAGGCGCUACGGGAAUUAUAGGCGCCUCUACUCAUGCGAGGGAGUGCAUUUGUGCUUGUGUGUGUGUUAGCGAGAAUUUGUGUGAGUGAAUGUGUUCAAAAUAUUUUGUUAAAUAUUUUUUUGUUACGAUUCAAUUAUUUAUUGUUUUUAAUAUUCCAAACCACGUGUUUUACCCUACACUACACUCUACUCGUUGUGUCGGUAAGACCUAAAGUUAUGAAUUAAUGAAAAUGGACAAGAAUUCAGGUAUCUUCGACAAAACAAAAAGCAAUUGAGAAAUCCAUGAGUAGACAGAGUCAUAUAGUGUUUCGUGAAAUCAAUGAGACCAAGAUAUUAUUUUCAA